AUGACGCAAAAAUCUCGCGCAAAUAUAAAGCGAAAUUCGUGGAAGAAGAAAAAAUGUGAAUCACAAGAAAUUAGUCACCAGAACAAUUCUACGUGGCCAAGUAGAGUAUUAAAAAAGCCGUUUCCGAUCAUUACUAAAUUCAAGAUGCGACAACGGAGCCGUAAAUCAAGACUCAGCAACAAAACUGUUUCAUAUCAAAGCGAGGCACAAAAUAAACACAAUAAGAAGACAAACGAAAAUAAGAAGCUUCGAAAUGUUUAA